CUUUUCGCCGAUGACCCUCGUGUUUACAUUUUGUAUAUUUCAGAAAUUAUUAAGUCAAAAUUUGGAACAAUCAUUAUUAAUAAUCAAUCAAAUCUCGCGUGUGAUUGGAUUUUUUUCUUAUUACACAAUAUUAACGUGCAAAUGCUUUUGUACGGGUUUCCGCCAAAGUCUACCAUCAACGCGUCGACGUUUCGGUAAAAUCAAAGUGCUCGUUUGGUCCGUUGUCGCCGAAAAAAAAAAUGGGAGAUUCCGAAUUAGAAGCUUUGCGGGCUCAGCGAAUGGCCCAAAUGCAGUCGGAGCGCGGGCCGCAAGACGGUAAUACGGCCGAAAAACAAAAACAGGCCGAACAACAGCGUCAGGCGGUCGAAGACAUGAAACACUCAAUACUGACCCAGGUGCUCAAUCAAGCGGCUCGAGCGAGACUAAACACCCUGAUGAUCGGCAAACCAGAAAAAGGACGUAUGGUGGAAAAUAUGUUACUGAGAAUGGCCCAGUCCGGACAGAUUGUCAACAAACUGGGAGAGGACGAACUCAUAGGACUGUUAGAACAAGUCAACAGCCAAAUGCAGUCUCAAGAACGAAAAACUACCGUUAAAUUUGACAGAAGAAGAGCCGCUCUCGAUGAUUCCGACGAGGAUUACUAACUGCAGCACUGUUGAUAAAUUUAAUUACAUUUUGUACUAACAAGAAGUAGCCACUAUUAUUAUUAUUAUUAUUAUUUAAAAGAGCUCGUGGAAUUUAACAAAAAUUAUUAUUCAUAUUCCAUGUAUAAUAUAAUAAUUAAUAUGUUAUAAAUAUACCUAUAUUUAUAUAUAUAUAUACAAUACUUAACAAAAAAAAUAUGAGCUUCUUGUUGCUUUUUUUUUAAUAAUAUUUUUAUACAAUUUAAAAGUUAAUAAUAUAAUAAUGAACCUUUUCCAACUAAUAUUAUCAUCCAAGUUAUUUUUAUGAAUAAAACGGAAAUCCCUGCUCUAUUUCUUAUCAAUAAAGUAUGUUAUUUUCA